AUGGAGUGUCCCCGUGUGUGUUUCUACGUGAAUAAACGUAUCGACCCAACCACGUGGGAAAUCCGGUUCCACAACCAAAACCUGAGCACGCUGAUCUUUCACACGGAGACACAAGGCACUAUCCACGUGCACAAUAUCUACAAUCCUGGAGUGGCCAGCGGUGAAGCAUCGUCACUACCUUCUCUCCGCGAAGCGAUCCAAUCCGGCGCGCAAAAUAUCGUGCUUGGAGACUUCAAUCUCCACCAUCCACUCUGGCAGGGCACUCAAUAUCGACACACGGAUGACGACGCCACAAAUCUCAUUGACCUCAUGGACGAGCACGAGCUGGAGCAACUCCUGCCUCCGGGCACCGUGACGUACGAGACCAAUGACGCCAAGACCACCAUCGACCUGAUCUGGGCGUCACCCACGUUGUCCAACCGGCUGGUGAGCUGCUCGGAGAAGCGCGAAUGGUGGUACGGUGCGGACCACGUCCCCAUCCUUACCCAAUUCGACUUCACCCCGGUGAGCACGCCUCCCGUGGAACGAAGGGAUUGGGCGUCGUCCGAUUGGGACCUCUUUCUCACGCUCAUGGGAACGUACGACUGGCAUCCACGCACAUUGGUGGACAAGGAGGGGAUCGACACGGCGUUACACCACCUGAUCGACGCGAUCAAUGAGACCGCCGAGCAGGCGACUCCCAUCAAGCGGAUCACCCCCUACUCCCAACCCGGAUACACUCCGGAGAUGGCAGACCUCAAGCACCACGUCUCACGGUGCCGACGACACGCCCGCCGAAUCCAGACGGAGGACGCGUGGCUGGCGUAUAAAAAGGCGAAGACAGAACUCAAAAGACGUACGAACCAGCUUGCGCGGGAUCUCCAUCGCCGCCGAAUCGAGGAAGCAACCGAGUCUCUGAGUGGCUUCUGGAAAGUGGCACGCUGGGUCCAAAACCGAGGCUCGCCACGUGCCACAUUCACGCCGACGCUGAAAUAUAACGACACCGAAUACACCGCUCCAGCGGAGAAGGCAAAGCUCCUUCGGGAAGUGCUCCACCCGGAGCCUCCAGAGGCGGAUCUAUCAGAUAUCGGGCCUCGAUAUCGAUAUCCUACUCCGUACGAGACGCCGCCCAUCACGUUGGACGAGGUCCGAACGGCCAUCCUCGCCGUGAAGCCGAACAAGGCUCCCGGACCGGAUGGCAUCCCGAAUCUCGUCCUCCAACGACUGCUCCCACUGAUCGAAGACUACCUCGUGAAUCUAUUUAACGCGUGUCUACGAUGCCACUAUCACCCGGAUCAUUUCCGACAGUCCACCACGGUGGUGAUCCGCAAACCGGGGAAACCGGACUACACAGAUCCCAAGGCCUAUCGCCCCAUCGCGCUACUCAGCACGAUUGGGAAGGCGCUAGAAUCCGUCGACGAGGCCGCUCCUGCGAGCUCGCGAUCCAUCUCCACUCACCACGCCUGGCGAGACGGCUCACGCGUGGCCUCCGGGCUCGCAUUAGACGUGACCGGGGCGUUUGACAACGUGAACCACACGAGGGUGCUACACGACCUACGGAAGCGCCAGGUCCCAGACGAGAUCACGGGGUGGAUUGGGAGCUUUUUGAGCCACCGCCGCACGUCGAUCGUACUGCUAGAGGGCAAGAUGGGCGAAUUCGAUAUCAACACCGGGAUCCCUCAGGGGUCUCCACUGUCGCCGAUCCUGUUUCUCUUCUUCAACGCGGAUCUCAUCGAGCAGAUACGAGCCGAGUGCCCGGAUACGUACGUCAUCGGAUACAUCGAUGACAUCUUUAUCAUGGCAUUCGGGAGAUCCGCGGCAGCCAAUUGCCGCACCCUCACCCACGCGCACCAGGUGGCAGAGCGCUGGGAGAGGACCCACGCCUCUCGGUUCAACCCCAAGAAGUACCAACUCGCCCACUUCUGGCGGAAGCACCAAUCGGUGCCGAGACCGAGAGGCAGACUCGACGUGCCGUUGAUGGUCAAGGGAAUGCAGAUCCAGGCCACGGACUCCAUCAAGUAUCUCGGAGUCAUGCUUGACACGCAUCUCACGGGCGACGUGCACGUACGACAGAUGAAGAAAAAAGCCGCGAAGAUGGUGGCAGGACUGGCGUCCAUCGCGGGAUCGACCUGGGGGACUCCGUUGAUCCACCUCCGGAAGAUGUACACCGCCGUCCUCCAGCCACAGAUCAUGUACGCGUGCUCGACGUGGUACAUCCGUGGCGGGAGAGGCUUCGUGGCCGCGCAACGUGCCGCGGAGAAGGCGAUCCUCUCGAUCCAUUCCCAGGCACUCCACUGGAUAUCUGGCGCGUUCAAACGGACGUCGCGGCAAGCGCUGGAGGUCUGCCUCCACGUGCCACCUCCCGAACUCACGCUCGCGAGAUUGGCGGAGGAGGCAUGUCUACGGCUGAUGACCUCACCUCUACGAUCGACCCUUCACUCCACGCGGACUCACGCACAUCAGAAUGACCCCUUCACGUCGCCACUACACCGAUUGGAGGCAGUCAUUGACCGGAAACUCGGACGUGGCGUCUGCCACCGGAUCGAGACCAUUCACCCCUUUGUGGUGCCACCGUGGUGGGAAUCACCAGACAUGAGAAUCGACGACACACGGGAAGACGCCGUCAAUGCACAGACUACGACAAAAACAGGACUUCAAUUCUUUACAGAUGGGAGCGGAUUUGACAAUGGGAUUGGUGGUGCGGCGUACUCACCAACACUCGGCUACGUGGCGAGACCGGUGGGCUCGUCCGAGACACACACCGUCUACGCCAGUGAGCUGGAGGGAAUUGACGCCGCAUUGAGCCUCCUGAUCCGGAACCAACACAUUGAUACUACAGUACGAGAAGCCAUCAUCUACACCGACAACCAAGCAGCAAUCCGCGCCACGUGCCACCCUCAACGGUCCUCCGGGCAGUACAUUCUGCGUCGAAUCGUCCGUCAACUGGAUCUGCUACGGGACCCGAGAUCCGGGUGGAAAGUACGUCUACAGUGGGUGCCAGGGCACGAGGGUGUCCCUGGCAACGAAGAAGCAGACCGGUUGGCGAAGCUCGCCGCGGUGGAAGCCACACAACGGACACGGGAGAAUGAGCGUAGAGCUCGGAUUAAUGCACCCAACCAGACUACGCCUCAUGCCGCACGUGUCUCCUACAACCCGUAUCACUCUGUGAUCCUCGUGGCGGUGUGUCGGCAGCGUCUGCGAGCGGGUUUCACGAACCGGUGGAAAGAGCAGUGGGAUGGUGCCGAGCAUGGACGGCACCUCUAUCGGAUCAUACGGACGCCGGCAAAGAAGGUCUUACUACUGCAUGAAGGACUGCGGAGAGCGUGGAGCUCCGUGCUCAUCCAGCUGCAGACCGGCAAAUCGGCGCUCCGCGGAUAUCUCGCGAGUGUCAAUAUCGAGGACUCACCCAUGUGUCAAUGUGGACGCGGCAACCAGACGACGGCGCAUGUGCUCGUCCUAUGUCCUCUCCACACACAGCUCCGUACGGAGACCCUAUAUGCAGAAGCGCGUGAAAUCGACGACCGGAAGCUCCUUUCCGAACCCCGUUGGUAUCGCGCUCUCAGUGAGUGCAACCCCUUCUCGAGGAAGAUAGCUCUGUCGAUCCGUCUCGUACGAAUCGGCCACUCGACCCAUCCAACUGACGACACCGGGCACCCCUUUCUCCGUAUUCCAUUUCUCCAACCCCAGCUUGUCCUUCGUUCGUUUCGGCGUUCUGCUUCUCGCGUUAUUGUUAUUGUUGUCGUUGUUUUAAAGCUGGGGCUACGUGUCGAGGUUUUCGCGUGUCUUCGCGCGAGCCAUGCCGCCGGAGCCGAGGUCCUCCGGAAGCACUACGCCAGUUGGGUCAAGACCUUUGGCAACUCGGCGUACGUGCGUGUGCCGACGUGGGGAAUCGUCAUCGACGGCAUCCCCGUCCGACACGUGGAGAUGAGUGAGGCAUUCAAGCGUGAGCUCGCCGCGGAGAACACCAACUGGGGCCAACCGGGAUUCGAGGUGGAGAUCGUGCACGUGGGCUGGCUCUCCAGGCCGAAGCCCAAAAGCUAUUCCGGCUCACUCGUGGUCGAGUUCACCAGCCCCGUGGUGGCUAACAACGCGAUUGCCAACGGGACGGUGUGGCGUGCCCAUUCCCUCACCAAUCGGCCUUAUCAUCGAGAAGGACGGGUGAAGAUGUGCAGAAAGUGCCAAAAGUACGGGCAUAUACAAGUCCAGUGCCCCAGUCGACGAUAUAUUUGCGGGUUCUGCGCGGAAGAGCACCCGACCUGGGAGUGCCCGUCCAACCAGGACCAGGAUACACCAAAAUGCGCCAAUUGCAAGGAGUCCCACAAGACGUCCAGUGGUGAAUGUGAGGUCCGGAAGCUGGAGACCGCACGUGCACGUCAAGUGGUCGCCAUGGGACCCAUGGGACAUCGGGUUCCGCAGUAUCUACAAACCAGAAUGAUUGAGCAGAUGGCCUUGGAGCCAACUCCCGCCGAAGCGGCGAGAAUCGUAACCACGAAAAAGACCACGCAGGCCCAGAGACGGGCCCCAAGAAAGACGACCACAAAGGGUAAGAAAACAGCAACCACACCAGCAACUACACCAGCAACCGUAUCAGCAACCGCAUCAACGACCGCACAAGAGCCAGUUCCCGAAUCCGCCCCGGAACCACCUCAGGAACCACCUCAGGAGCCAGUCCCCGAAUCAGCGCCAGAGUCGACUCACGCGCCAACUCGCGAACCAGCACCGGAGCCCGUUACGGUGAUCCCAACAACGGAGCAACCUGUACGGGGACCUGCCAAAUCCGUAGGAUUCAAACCGACGGAGAAACGGUCCCGGGGACGACCUCCUAAGUCCAAAUCGUCCAACGACGAGGAAUCCAUGAGACCCCAUGAGCAUAUUGACACCGCCCUAUCAGCAAGCCAGCCAACGACCAUCAACCCGAGUCAACUCAACGACUUCGGUCCAGUCGCGUCAACGGCGCCACCACCAGCACCAAAGAAGGCACUCCGUUCACGAGGCCUGGAUCAACCGGUCGAUAUGCGUAACGMCCCGGACCGGCCUCUCCGGGAGCAGCGUCGACGAGAGCGUUCCCGCUCUCAAUCGUACGAUAACACGCCGUUGCCCCCAUUGCCGCCAAUGGACAUGAACAUCGACAACCAGAACGUCGUCUUGAACAGCGCACCAAGCUAUCAAGAGAUUGACAGCGGAGAGCUCAAUUCAGAUGUCCGCCAGGAUCUACUGUCGAAAUUCACCAACCACCGGAGCUACUAUCCCCGGAAUCCACCCAUCGAGGAGGAUGACGAUGAGGAUAGCUUCGAUGGAUACAGCAUAACCACGCGAUCAUCCCCGGACGAGCUCCUAUGA